AUGAUUGGCAUAUUUGAACCAGAAUUAAGGGUUUUGGAACUAAUUUCCCCAGUGGGAAAAUGGCUAAAAAUUACUAGAACAACUAGCAAAUUAAACGAAAUGAGCCCAAUAAAGCAGAGAAGCACUUCAAUACUACGCUCUUACUCGAACAAGAGCUCUGAAACAGAUUAUUCAGUUAAUACCACAAAUAUUGGCAAUAUCUUUAAAACAACAGAAGAAAAUCUUUAUAUAGGAUAUUUAGGAUCUGUAAGUACUAAAGAGCCAGCUAAUAUUCAAGGGAUCAGUGAAGGAAGUUGUUUUAAUGCCUAUGCAUUAUUAGGAAUAUGGAGAUAUGACAAAGGAAUUACUAAAUGUUUGUUUGUAACAGAAGCAGAAUUUGUCACAGAAAUUGGGCAAAAUGAGAGAAUAUAUAAGGUUAAUGAUGUUUUAUUUGUGCCAUUGAUAACUAAAGAAAACGAUUUUUCAUCCAAUAUUGGUAAAGAAAAUAAUGAAGCUAAUUUUGAAGAAUUGAUAGAGUGUGAGUUUGAGAAAAAGCUUGAAUCUGUAAAAAUCGCCGAGGAUAUGAUACUUUCUAUUUUCAGAAGAGGAGGGUUUUAUUUUUCAACAAACUCUAAUGUUGAUAUUACCAGAAAUAUUAGACAAUCAAUUAAAUUUGGAAGCAAAUCUGGAGAUCUUCCUGAGGAAAGAUUUUGUUGGAAUUACAAUCUUCUCAUGCCCUUAUAUGAAGGAGGAUCAAUUACUUCUAAAUGGGCAACCCCGUUAUUGUCAGGAUAUAUUGGCUUUACUAGAAUGCAUUUUCAACAGGCAAUUACUAAGGAAAAAGAGGAUAGCACUAUUGUCGAUUUCUUAUUAAUUUCAAGAAGAGAUUGUAGACGACAAGGAGUUAGAUAUUUAUGUAGAGGCGCAAAUUCAGACGGAAAUACAUCUAACUCCGUAGAAACAGAGCAGAUUAUUUUAGUUCGAAGGCCAGAGUCUAUUCAUAUUUACAGUUAUUUGCAAUAUAGAGGUUCUAUACCAAUAAUUUGGAGGCAAACGCCAAAUUUAGAAAAAACUCCUCCUGUGGAAAUAUAUAAAGGUGAAAGAUGUCAACAAGUUGUAUUGAAUCGUCAUUUUAACGAGCUUUCAAGAAAAUAUUGUAAUCAAUCUGGAGACGGAGAUUCCAACUUAGAAUCCAAUAUUAAAGAAAAUAAUGGAAAAAUAUUAGUAAUUAAUUUGAUUGACUACAAACGACAUGAGUUAAAUUUGGGUUUAGAAUUUGAAAAAUAUCUUAAUAAAGUCGAUAUUAAUGAUAUUUACUGCGAUUCUGAUUCAAUUUUGAAAAAAGAUCAAAUUUCUGGUAGACCAAUUUCAAAAGAUGAAGAGUGCAGCAAGAACUCGAAUAUUAAAUUUUGUUGGUUUGAUUUCCAUAGUGAAUGCUCUAAAAUGAGAUGGUCAAAUUUAAAAUAUUUAAUUAAAAAACUUGUUGAUAUUGGAAUGGAUGAUUUAGGCAUUACAUCUUUAGAAAUACAAUUAAGAGACAAAGUUGGAGAUUUAUCUCCUAUAAUUGGUAUUAUUCAAGGGCACUAUUCUAGUUCAGAUAAUGAGUUCAAAGUUAUUAUUGGUAAUAUUCAAGAUGGAAUUUGCAGAACGAAUUGUAUCGAUUGCUUAGAUAGAACAAAUGUAGUGCAAUCAGUAAUUGGAAGAAGGGUUGUCCAUAAUGUUUUGAAACAACUUCUAGAAUUAAAGUUGAUUAAUUUUAAUAAUAACAAUCAAUCAGAACAUGGGCCUGCAUUCGAACCUAUACCAGGAAAUAACUCUUCAAAUGAGAAUACGUUCAGGAAAAUAUGGAGUGAUAAUGCAGACGCUCUUAGUAAGCUAUAUAGUGGAACUCCUGCACAAAAGACUGACUUUACAAGGUAUGGAAGACGAACAAGAAAAGGAGCAUUGCAGGAUUCUAUUUAUUCGAUUGUUAGAUUUUUAUUAAAUAGCUUAAUAGAUGGUUAUACUCAAGAUGCUUAUUAUGUUUUCACUAAUCAAUGCAGUUCACCAAAUAGUGACUUGGGAAUUAAAAAGAAUAUCCACUGCUCGCUCCUCAAAAAUAAAAACAAGCAUUUGAGCCCUCCAGUUAUAAUAGCACUUGGACAAUAUUCAAUACUUAUCAUAUUUCUAUUACUUUUCCCAAUAUUCCAACUAUUAUUUGCAUAUUCUCAAACACUUUCUGGUAAUUUGGCAUGUAUGCUUUUGGAUAUUAUUAAAAUCCCUUCAAAAUUGUUUUUCCAUUAUUAUGAUACUCAAAAUUCCCAACACUCAUAUUUAAACAUUAUCCCUACUUUUACAGAUUACCUUUUAAAUCCAAAUGAAUGUUCAAUUCAUUACAUCUCUGGCGGAAUCAUUUCGGUUAUUUUGAUUGUUUUUGGAUUUAUCCAGUUCCUUAAAUUCAAGGGUUCAAAAGCAGCGACCAAACCUCUUUUAGAUGAAACAAAUUCUCAAAUUUGGAAGAAACAAAAAAGUAAUACUGAUUAA